CCACAGUCUUCUUUCGAGAAAUUUUUGGCUACAUCAGCUAGCGAAAAAGGCAUUUGAACGUCUCAUGUCAUCGUUUUCAAGUGGUAUUUGCAUGCGGCACCUCUCUAGAAGGCUGCCUUCCCCUAGAACCAAGAGCAUCAUGAACCGAGCAUUAGUCAGGGCAUUCGGAGGGCAAAGCAAUUGUAUUAGCAGGACAGUAUCUCUUCUUCAACCACCUGUCAUAUCGGGGCUACCAUCACAAGCCGUCCGUAACUUCAGCAAAAAAGACCGACGAAAAGGCAGCGCCAAUGCUGGCGGCUCUGGGUCCGGCUCGGGGACGGCCGCACCGUCACGCCACACUGCACCGCACCACCACCACGCCCCGUCCAUCGGCGGCGUGACACAUAACGAACAGCCCUUGGUCGACCUGGACAAGCUGCAAUCGAAAAUGGAGCGGGUGCUGCGAGGUUUGGAAAAAGAGUUCUCGGGCGUGCGGGGGGGACGGCCGGACGCGGGGAUGUUUGACCACCUCCACGUGCAAGCCUAUGGGAAAGCGACGCCUCUUUCCGACGUUGCUCAGGUCACGAUCAAGAGCCCGACGCUGGCUGUCAUCCAUGUCUACGACCCGGACAUCCUCCAUCCGGUCCACGAAGCGGUCCAAGCCAGCAAGCUCGAGCUGAAUCCCCGUGUGGACGGAAACGUGGUGAAUGUCCCACUGCCCAAACCGUCCGCGGAAAUGCGGCAAGGAUACGUGAAACUGGUGAGUCAAUGCACGGAGACGGCCCGGCAAAACCUUCGGAAGAUUCGGCGGGAGGGUAUGGACCGGUUGAAAGGGGAAGGGAAGGAGGGUGUGGGGGAGGACGACGUCCGCAGGAGCUCCAAGUUGAUCGAAAGCAUGACGGAGGAGUGGGUCAAGAGGGUCGGGGAGGCUCUGGAGAAAAAGAAGAAGGAGAUCAUGACGGUAUAG